AUGGCGGAGCAACGCCCAGCGCUGCCCGAGUCGCGCAAUCCUAUGCUCGAGGAAGACCGCGCGCCUCCUCAUGAAGUCCUCGUUGAGCGUCGCUGUCUCGGUCAGACCGAGCUCAAAGUGAAGCCCGGUCAGGUCGGCACCUCCAAUGCCACCAAGCCAGAGAACUUGGGCAUGCUCGACUACGCUCACCUCCGUGUGCCCCUCCCCAAAGAUCUCUCCGGCAGUGGUAUCUUCCUUCGUGGCGCCAACCGCAAAUACCCAGAGGCAUACUUUUUGAUGCGACGAUCGCGUGAUGGUUACAUCAGCGCCACUGGCAUGUUCAAAGCCGCCUUCCCAUUUGCUUCUCUCGACGAGGAGAAGACUGAGAAGGAGUAUAUCACAUCGUUGGAAGAGACCUCAAGCGAAGAGGUCGCUGGAAAUGUUUGGAUCAGCCCAGCUAAAGCUCUCGAAUUGGCCGAUGAGUACGGCAUCAAGCUUUGGAUUGCUGCCCUGCUCGACCCGGAAGACAUUGCGCACGGCAACAACGACGCGAGCAAACAAAUCACAUCACCACCACCUUUCAACAUGGAGGACAGCGUCAAUGGCCUCGGCCGAACACCCGGAGGAGCAGAGAAGAAAUCGGCUGAUGGCAAGCGCUCAACGCGCGGCGCUCGCAGCCUCCGAUCUGAGUCGCCGACCGCCACCACCAAGUCCAAGGCCUCUGCGCGCAAGAUGGCCACCCCUCGCAAGGCUCGCAAACCGCGCGGAACUGUGAACAGCGUCGAUGAGACCGCCUCAGUUGCUGCCGAUGACACCGCCGUCACCACCAACGGCGUCCACAAGGAGGAGGAGGACAGCGAGGCCGUCAAGGUCGAGGUCGAGACGACGACCGUCCCCGUUACCAACGGCACCACUACCGACGAGAUCACAGAGUCCACCACUGUCCGCGUCUCGGUGCCCGCAUCGCACCCGGACCUGGCUGUUGGCCCGCCCAACGAUAUGGAUGAGAUGCUACAAAAGGCGCGCGACAUGGUCGCCGAGGCCGAGCGCCUCAGCCGGAGCACCACCGAUGCUACCUCUACUUCGCCCCGCCAGAGCGGCAAGCGGAAAGCAGAUGAGAUCACCGUUGAGGAAAACGAGGUUGCGCCCGUCGAGACUACGAAGCGCGCCAAGGUGGUCGAGGUCGAGCUGCGAAAAGAAAGAGUCCGAAGAAGGGCGCUCACGGGUAUUGCAGGUGUUUUGGCUUUGGGUGCACUGGUCCCCAGCAUCAUGGCUGCCUUCCCUUGGUCAUGA